AUGGCUGAACCAAUCGGACUGGCCUCUGGAAUCCUUGCUUUAGCGACGUUUGCAUUUCGAAACAGUGUUUCGCUUUAUGAGACAGUGGACAGCUUCCGUUCACAUCCAAAGCGUCUCGUUGACCUGGUUAAGUCGAACUCUGGUGUCGAUCUCUCAACUUUGGACCUGCCGCUAUUGCGAUGUGGUAAUAUUUGCAACGAGUUUCGGCAGGAAGUCCUUCAAUGCGCAUCACGGUCAAACAGUAGCAGAACAAGCUUCCGUGACUGGGCUAGGCUGACGUUCAUGGGUAAUAAUAUUGACGAUUUCCGCGACUUGCUGGCGGGAUAUAAAGCCACGCUCAAUAUUGCCUUAACCGAUGCAAAUUUGCGUCUAUCAGCGGCUGCUGUUGAGAAUAUCGAGGAGUAUGAGAGUCUCAUCCAAGAUGCGAAAGAGGAUCUAGGAGCUCGACUCGAAGGCAUCGAUAGGAAACUCGAAGAACUGGUUGAGAAGGACACGACUCAGCCUGGAGCAGAUGCAGCAGAGAUGCGCUCGCUGAGAGAAGAGCGUCUGAGUACAGAGAAGUGCCUUCAGAUCUGCGCCCAGUUGUCGAGGCAUAUUGAUCAGAUUCAGCUGAUGUCCGACGAGACGGGUUCAUCUCGGGGAUCAGGUUUAGCUGAAGCCUCACCCGAAUCGGUCACAAAUGAAGGUCUACAAGAGUGCAAAAUUAGCUUAACUGCGACGACUGUUAAAUUAGAAAAACAUAUGCGAGAUGUCAUGGAUAGGCUGCUCGCCAAAUCAAAGACUACGAUCUUCUCUGAUGAAGAUGCUCAAGAUCUAUCGAGGCUGCGCGAUGAGUGGGAAACAGCUCGGCAAUGCUUGGAUAUCUGCUCACGGGCCGAUAAUCAUUUAAAGGAUAACGUCAGCAUCAUCGAAAACCACGGCACUGGCGACGCCCUGCAGUUUAUGGUGUCCACAAAUGGAAAGAUUCUCCACGGGAAGAACCGGGGCUUGGGUUGGAGGAGCAGACAAGUGGGAGGCUACAUGAGCGACGAUUCAAUCCAACAAUUAUCACGAGACCUCACUACUAUUCAUACUAGUCACCUGAAGGGUGAAGUAUCUAUUUCAAAUGAUGGUACCCCUCCAAACCCAGGCAAUGUGAUGGAAGGCGAAAUGACUGCCGAAUUCAAGGAACGAUAUGGGCGAGGCUUCACUCUGAAACCGGUGCGCACACCAGACACGCAGACUUAUUCACGGAGUGCGAGCAAUGAAUGA